AUGGCGAUCUACCAGGAGCACGCCGGCGACUACGACUCCGACGACACGGACGCGGACGACGACGUCCUCCUCGGGGUCGUCGUCGGCGGCGCGUCGCCGCGUUCCGCGGCGUGGACGGACGCCCCCUCGCCCGCGUCCGCGCCCGCGCCGUCGUCGUCGAGGCGCGCCGCGCGCGGCGGAUCUUCCCCUUCCCCCUCCGCGCCCGCGGGAUCGAGCGCCUUGUAUCCCGCGCGGGGAUCCCCCGGCGGCGGGUACGCCACCGCGUGGUCGCCGCCGAUUCGCGGCGGCGGGGGACCCGGGGGAUCGCCGUCGCCGGCGCCGGCGCGAAAGAAGACGUCGCCGUUCGGACGCAACCCCGCGGUCAUCCGCGCCCCGACCGGGGACACGAGCAGCGACGACGACGACGCCGACGACGACGACGACGACGACGACGACGACGACGGCGAGGACGAGGACCGCGCGCGGCGCGGUGAGAAGACCGCGGCCGCGACCGACGGCAAGGCGGCGCGACGCGCGAUGGAAUCCCUCGGCUUGUCGUCGGCGGCGCCAGCUGUACCGCCGCCGCCGGCGCUUGGCGCCGGCGGCCUCGUCGCCGUCAGCCGCGCGCGCGCCGUCUCGCAUCAGCGCGCGGUCGCGCGCCGCGAAGCCGCGCGCCACGCCGCGCGCCGACGCAAAGAGUCCCUCGAGCUCGAGCUUCAGCUCGCGAUGCAGGCGGAAGAGGAAGAGCGCGCCGCCGUGCUCGCGGCGGUGGAGGCGCGUUUUGUCAUCUCGCGCCGGUUCCCGUACGACCGCGUCCGCGCGGUGCACGCCGUUCCUUGA